CACCGCAGCUGUUUUCAUCCGCCCUACCGCGUGACUUAUUCUGCACGCUCACCUUCGUGAGCCAAGGAAUCAAUCCUCCCCCUUGGCCGCUGCAUUGUGGGAGAGGCCGGGCGCCGGGCCGCACGUUGCAGCGCCAUGGCGGCUGGAGGCAGGAGAAAACUGGCGGAGCUGAGUGUUGAUGAAUUUUUAACUUCCGGAUUUGAGUCAGAAGUUGAUGGUGACUCAGAGGAGGAGACAUCAGAGCUUGUGGAAGAGCCUGCUAACGGGAAACAAAGCCAGAAUGGACAGGCAGGAGGAAAGAAGAAGAAGCCACUCAAAGUUAAAACUGCAGAAAAGAAAGUGAAAAAAGGAAAGGCAACCGAGCACAAAGACCAACUCUCGCGGCUGAAGGAACGAGAUCCUGAAUUUUACAAGUUCUUGCAAGAAAACGACCGUUCCCUGCUGAACUUUGAUGACUCGGAUGGCUCUGAUGAGGAGGAGAAGGGUCUGCACACGCUGCCUGAAAUGCUGGAGGAAGCAAGUGAUGAGGAGGAGGAGGAGGAGGAAACGGUCAAGCGGAAGAAAGCUGAUUUUAUCACCGUGACCUUGAAGAUGGUGGAACACUGGAAACAGGCUGCAGAGAAGCACCUAACACCCAGACUGUUCCAUGAGAUCACUCAGGCCUUUAAAGCAUCUGUGGCAACUACCAAAGGAGAUGACGGUGGGGCCGAUCCCAGCAAAUUCAAAGUCACUGACAGUGCCGUGUUCAAUGCCCUGGUGUCCUUCUGCAUUCGGGAUCUCUUUGGCUGCCUGCAGAAACUGCUUCAGGUGAAGGUGCUGAAAGACAAAUCAAAGAUGGUGCUGCCCUCUGCCAGCCCACUCUGGGGCAAGAUGAAGCUGGACGUCAAGAUGUACCUGAGCUGCACCAUCCAGCUCCUGUCUUGUUUAACGGAAGCGUCUGUCGGCGCUGCUGUGCUUCACCACGUCAAUGCCAUAGUACCUUAUUUCUUGUCGUUCCCAAAGCAGUGUCGCAUGCUGCUCAAGCAAGCCAUCCGUCUGUGGAGCACGGGCGAAGAAACGGUGAGAGUGCUGGCCUUCCUGGUACUGAACAAGAUCUGCCGCCAUAAAAAGGAGCUGUACCUGAACCCCGUGCUCAAGCAAAUGUACAUCUCCUACGUGAAGAACUCCAGGUUCACCUCCCCCAACGUCCUCCCUUUGAUCAACUUCAUGCAGCGCACCCUGACGGAGAUGUACGCCCUGGACACGCAGGUGUCUUACCAGCACGCCUUCAUCUACAUUCGCCAGCUCGCCAUUCAUCUGCGCAGUGCCAUGACCCUGAAGAAGAAGGAGAACUACCAGUCUGUUUACAACUGGCAGUACAUCCACUGCCUGUACUUCUGGUGUCGGGUCCUGAGUACCAUCUACCCCAGCGAGAUCAUGGAGCCGUUAAUUUACCCUCUGACCCAGGUCAUCAUUGGCUGCAUUAAGUUGGUGCCCACGGCUCGUUUCUACCCCCUGAGGAUGCACUGCGUCAGGGCCCUCACGCUGCUCUCUGAGAACACCCGGACCUUCGUCCCGGUUCUUCCCUUCAUCCUGGAGAUUUUCCAGCAAGUGGAUUUCAAUAAGAAGCCAGGCCGCAUGAGCGCCAAGCCCAUUAACUUCGCGGUCGUCUUGAAGCUGUCCAAUGCUAACCUGCAGGAGAAGGCUUUCCGGGAUGGCCUCACUGAGCAGCUGUAUGACUUGAUACUCGAAUAUCUCCACGGCCAAGCCCACAGCAUCGGAUUCCCAGAGCUGACCCUGCCAAUUAUCAUUCAACUCAAAUCUUUCCUGAAGGAAUGCAAGAUCGCCAACUACUGCAAAGCGAUCCGGCAGCUCCUGGAGAAGUUGCAGGAAAAUUCUGCCUACGUCGCCAGUAGGCGUCAGAAAGCCACCUUCAGCGUGGCCAGCAGGGAGGCUGUGGAACAAUGGGAGAAGCAGGUCAAGGAAGAGGGGACACCUCUGACCAAGUAUUACGCUCAGUGGAAGAAGCUGCGGGAGAAAGAGAUCCAGCUGGAAAUCAGCGGCAAGGAAAGGCUCGACGACUUGAACCUCCCAGAAAUCAAACGGAAGCGGCUGGAGGACAGGAAGGAGGAUGACAAGAAAGAAUUCAAGGACCUCUUUGAGCUGGACAGUGAUUCCGACGGGGAGAGCGGUGGAUUCUCCGUGCAAGGAAAAUCAAAGGCCAAGAAAGCGCAGGGAUCUGCGGGGAGCCCGGCCAGUGCUUCGGACGUGAGCAGCGAGGAUGACGAGGAAGAGGAAGCCAGUGACUCGGACGGGGGAGCUGAGGAGGGGCCCUCCACCUCGGAGGGGACCCUGAAGCAGCUGGCCUCUGCCAGGCGGCUGUCCUCUGCCGACCUCAAGCUGCUGGCCCAAGGGGAGGAGGACAUCGUGGAGGACCUCGAUGACGAUUACUUCGACGACCUCGCCGGUGACUGAAGACGCCGCAAAUGCUCCGGGCUCGCUCCCUCUGCACCUAGGAGGGCGAGCUGGUGCCCUCGCUGACAAUCAAAGCUGGUCGUGAUGGGAACUAGGCUGAGGGGGAAGGUAGGAGCAGCAUGGGCUGGGCAGCCCUAGCAGGACAGAAUUUCUCACUGAUGCAGCAGAGACGCUGCCUGGACCUUUUCCACCGGAGUCACGUUAGUGGGAAUACAGUGAAAUGUGUGGUCACAUCAGGACCAGUGACACUGCUCUGCAAAGGUAAUAAAAAGCCCCCAUUAAACUCCAGUGCCUUAAAUAAUGCAGGGUUCAGCGCCAGCCUGCUGGAGCCCAAAGAAACCAGUCCCUGGAGGGACAGGCUCCUCUGCCCACGUGGUCACUCGCCCACGGGCCGGGCAUGCUGCCAAGCUGGUCACAGGGUGCUUGUCAUGUGUGUCUUUCUAGCUUCCCAGUCCCUGGAAACUUUUCCCACUGUCAUUAAAAGCAGCUCAGAGCCGUGUCCACACACACGAGCUGUGGGGGUGAACAGGGAUGGUCAUGCCGACUUGGCAGACGAAGGGCGUGCACCGGUCGCCGGGUCAGUUUGCCCGGGGGGAACGCGUCCGCCAAGGGAAGACUGCUUUGCCCCCGAGCUCCCUUGCUCGUCUGCAUCCAGAAGUGCUACUGUGUAGGCACCACCGAAAACGCGGCUCGUGUGCUGCUCACCUGGGUGACGAGAGGGUUUUUCAUAUUUUCCCUCCAGCACAAGGUCUCAGUGAGCAAACUGGGCUGGCUCUCACAUCAACCACCUUGCUAUUAACCAUUCCAGUUCCAGGCUCUCCAAUGCAUCCUUCAGCUCCCCCCGCGGUUAAUGACCUCGGGGGAUUCCUUCCAUGGGGCUCAGGCUCAGCGGGGGGCAGGACUUUAGCUCGCGGAGGAGAUGCCAGCUUGAAUCCCAGACCCCAUGUUUAGUUUGCAGGGCUGGCAAGUGGGCAGAUUUGAUAGCAAAAUGUGUUGCGAUGCUAAGUGUGACGCCAGGACGUGGCAUUUGGACCAUGUCACAUCUCUGAGGUUUGGAGGAGUGUGAUAUAUAUUGUUUUUUUAAACAUUUCCAAUAUUACCUUAGCAGGAGAGGGCUCCACGGCGGCAGGGGCAGGGCACCAGCUGCUUCCAUGGCGUUCAGGGGUGUUUGUGGGUGCACAGGGUUGAUGAAAAUGAGGCCCCUGCUGCUCUGUGCACCCUCAGGAGUGCUUGUCACGCAGCAGCCACCUAGUGCGAGGGGCCCAGUGAUGGUACGUUCCUAUUGUACAUCUCUGAGGUGCUCCAUGCAAACUCUUCCACAGCAAGGCUGUGACGCGCCUCAGGCAGGGCUAGAAACCAGCCCUUGUGGGUCCCUGUGCUCCAGCCAUUGCAUGGUGCUGCUGAUUGUGAGCAUCACCAGGAAGUCAGGUUGAGAAAUGGAAGGAACAGAUUCUAAGGUUGCUUCCCUGGGGCAGGGUUUAGGUUGGGAACAGCUGAUGAGAUUGAGUGAAUUUUGGUGAAAAACUAGUGGGAGAAAUGGACGUCAUUUUUCCCUCCACCUUCAUGCAAGCCCAGCAUAAAGGCUGGCGGGUUGGGGGUUUUCACAUGCUCGUUUUUCCAGCUGCAUAAAACAAAAAAAUGUGGGGAAAGGGGGACAGCCUCCCCUCUCCAGGUGCCAUUGGAUUGUACUGAGAGGAUAAAAACCCAGCCAAAACCUACCUUGUGCUGGUCUGUCAACAUUUAAAAAGACAGUCGUGCAUUACUUGACUUCUGGCUGGGAAAUGUCAACAGUCCCCCUGCCUUUUUUUUUUUUAAACUAAACCCUAUUUUUUGGCAAGAAACUUCUACUGUAAUACAUUGACUAGCUCCUACCCCCAUUCACCUGCUGCCUGGCCAGAACCAGAGCCUUGUUAUUGGGUGUGCUCCGUGCCGAAGUCUUUCUUGCAGCAGCUGGGGCUGGUGAAGCAACACGUGCCCUAGCUCCCAGGAACAGGGCCCUAGAGUGAAUGCAAGGUGAGAGAUCUGGUCUAGCAGCUGGGCACUGAGCAGACAUUCAGAGUGGGAAAGCAAGGACCCGUUGUGAUUUUUUUAUUUAAACUGAUUGCUGGAAAGCAUUUAUUGUGAGGGGAUGAAUAAUGACAAUUGUUUUUUACAAGAUAAAGAAGCUAAUGUACCACCAAGCUAUUUUUUAUAAGAAAAACGGUAGCACGUGCAACGUUUAAACAAAAAGAGAGAGAGCGCGCGAAGUACCAUGUGUGAUUGUUGUUCACGACUGUACAAGUCACAGGAGGUCACCCCCAGGAGUUACCAUCGUCUUCACAGUAGUGAAAACUCUCCCCUCCGGUUCGCCUGACCUCCCUACCUCCUAUGGGCAUGCACAGGUACCUGUCUCGUAGACCUUAGCAGGCCAGAAUGUGCAACUACAUCCACCUCUGUAACAAGGCUUUAAAAGAAAAUAACCCCUCCACAACCAAAAAACAAUAUCAAUGCGUUUGCUGUACACGGGGGGGGGGGGCGGUAGGAGGAGCCAGGGCCCCUUCCCCCUCCCCACCACACCCCUUCUGCUAUUGUUUGCUUUCUUCAAAAAAGUUACCCAAAAAUAAAAAGUCCUGGAGGGGCUGGGGCUGAGGAGAUGCU